AAACACGCUGUCAUUCGCCACUUCAACUUGACAUUAACGCGAUUGUGAUAAGCGCUAUCUCAUUUGACGUUAGAUUUGCACGGGGAGAUCACCCACCAUCAGUUUGUGUAGUAGGCCUGUCAGCGCUUGUAUCUCGCAUCAGACAAGUGGUACCGCGAGGGGAAGAUCGCCAUGUCAUCCUCCUUCGGUCUCGUCCUCUUCGGCGUUGUGUUCUUCGGCGUUGUGAUCGUCGGUGUGCCUGCGCUCCAUCUCGUCAGGGGGUUGACGUCGCUCCCCCCGCCCUGCGAAAGCAAUGUGUACUGCCACGGUGUCCUACUACACGAUGUCCAGAUGGCUCGACUGUACCCCGAUUCAAAGACGUUUGUUGACAUGAAAUUGAAGUAUUCUGAAGAUGAAGUUGUAUCAAAAUAUGAUGAACUCCGCAAACAAUUUGGGGACAAAACACCACCCAGGGAAAAAAUCCAGGAGUUUGUUGAAGAAAAUUUUGAGAACGGCGACGAGUUGGAGGAAUGGACUCCAAGUGACUUUAACCCGAAGCCCUCACUCGUGGACCGAGUGACCGAUCCUCUGCUCAAGACAUGGGUAGAGCAGCUCAAUCAGAUCUUCCUGACACUCAGUCGCAAAGUCAAGGCCGAUGUCAAGGUCAACCCUGGGCUCUACUCUCUGCUCUACGUACCCAAUGGCUUCAUCGUACCUGGAGGCCGAUUUCGAGAGCUCUACUACUGGGACACGUACUGGAUUAUCAAUGGCCUCUUGCUCUGUGACAUGGCCACCACUGCUAGAGGUGUCAUAGAGAACUUCUUCUAUCUAAUCCGUAACUACCACAUCAUUCCGAACGGUAGCCGCAAGUACUACCUGCAGCGCUCCCAGCCUCCUCUGCUUAUUCCCAUGGUGGAGUUGUACUACAAGUUCACCAAGGAUCUGGAGUUCAUCAAGCAGAACAUUGAGGUUCUUGAAGAAGAGUUUAACUUCUGGAUGAACAAUCGGAUGGUGAGGCUGAAGAAGAAUAACGUUUGCCACAAACUGGCGAGGUACUACUGUCCAUCUUCUGGUCCUAGGCCAGAGUCAUACUGGGAGGACUAUUCCACAGCGGAGGGUCUCCCUAAUGAGGAACAGAAGGAGGAGUUGUACAUCAGUCUCAAGUCUGCGGCAGAAUCUGGCCUCGACUUCUCCACCAGAUGGUUCAUCAAAGAUGGCACAAACAAUGGUAACCUCAGUGACAUAGACACACCCCACAUAGUGCCUGUGGAUCUCAACGCCUUCCUGCAGAACAAUGCACGCAUCCUGAGCUCUCUAUACGCAGAAAUCGGCAAUGCUGCCAAGGCAACCCACUACAAACACAGAGCAACCAAAUUGCUACAAGCUAUAGAAGCUAUCCUGUGGCGAGAGGACCGAGGUAUGUGGCUGGACUACGACCUCAAGAACCUCAAGUCCCGGGACUACUUCUACAUGAGCAACUUUGCCCCUCUCUGGACCGGUAGCUAUACCAAGAGCAAGGAAGAGCUGAGCAAGAGAGUUAUCACCUACCUCAAUGACAGCAAAGUAGGAGAGUAUAUAGGUGGUAUUCCUACAUCACUCUAUGCAUCAGGAGAACAAUGGGACUUCCCCAACGCUUGGCCCCCUCUGCAGUCUAUCCUGAUUGAAGGGCUCUUACGGCUGCAAACCCCUGCAGCUACGGAGACUGCACGACUCUACGCAGAGAGAUGGCUCAGGUCCAACUACAAGGGAUACAUGAUCUUUAACAAGAUGUUUGAAAAGUAUGAUGUGGAGCUACUGGGGCAGACUGGAUCGGGAGGAGAGUACGAGGCCCAGACAGGGUUCGGCUGGAGUAACGGAGUGAUCCUGCAGAUCUUGGACAUUUUCGGACGUGAUAUCACUGUGCACGAACGUGAAAGCUCUAGUUCGCCUGUCUAAAGGCAUCUCUCUACUCUCCACAUUCCGUCCAAGCGCAGCAGCCCGCAAGUGCCAUCAGCCUCCAAGUGCCUCCUCCAUAGUGCCUCGUACCAAGUGUCGGGGGUCAUACAUCCAGUUUAAAAAAAACGUCAAACGUUGUUAAAAUAAUUAUUUAAUUACCUUAUUAUUUUAAGAGCAAUUGUGAUAUUGAUGUAACAAUAAACUGUGUUAGGUUAUGAUUCUUAAA